AAUUGAGGCCCACUAACAAAAUGAUCCAGCUCGGCCCAUCACAAAUUAUGCCUGCUUAAAUGCGCGCACAAACCCUAGCCUUACCCGCUUUAUCCCUCCCACUGCCGCGCGCCCCAAAACCCUAACUCCCACUCGCACAGGAGCAAAGAAUCGGCGGAAGGAGAUGUCAAGGAUGAGGAAGGCCGGGAGCGUGGCGGGGAAGAAGAAGGGGGUGGCCUUCGUGAUCGACUGCGCGAAGCCGGUGGAGGACAAGAUCAUGGACGUCGCCUCCCUGGAGAAGUUCCUCCAGGAACGCAUCAAGGUCGAAGGCAAGGCCGGCGCUCUCGGCGACGUCGUGGCCGUCACCCGUGACAAGUCUAAGAUCACCGUCACCUCCGACUCCAACUUCUCCAAGCGGUACCUGAAGUACCUGACGAAGAAGUACCUGAAGAAGCAUAAUGUCCGCGAUUGGCUCCGGGUGAUUGCUUCCAACAAGGACCGCAGUGUCUAUGAACUUAGGUACUUCAACAUUGCCGAGAACGAGGGAGAGGAAGAAGAUUAAGAAACUGAGUCAGUAUAUCCGCCCAAUUUUUCUUUCCUGUUAUGUGCGGUGAAAACAUUUUUGGUAUAUGUUCCAGCUCUAGUAGUGUACGUCUCCAGGAUCUGCUUAUAAGAGAAAUUUGCAGUUUUUUUUAUCCGUGCCACUCUUGUUCUGUAUUUUCAACUUUCAGGUUCUCGCCCUAGUUAUAUAGAAAUGCCUCUUUUCUUCGA